GCGGGCACACUUCCUUUCCACGCGACCAACAACACAAAAAACGUGUGUUUUGGUUACCAGCGUGUUUUUCUUUAAAUAAAUCUGCACGAAGCAGAUUUCACUUGACGAAAAGGACAUUUCUAUAAGCCGGCAAAAUGAGGCGACCCAAGAAGUACGAAUCCGGCGAGGCUACGCAAUAUAUAAGUCGGCGAGCUGCCCUCAGAAAACUUCAGCUCUCCCUGAACGAUUUCCGCAGGCUGUGCAUCCUGAAGGGCGUUUAUCCCAGGGAACCGAAACAUAGACGUAGGGCCCAGAAGGGAUCCUCGGAAAUUAAGGUCCUGUACCACACUAAGGACAUACGCUUCCUGCUGCACGAGUCGAUUGUGUGGACGCUGCGUGACUACAAGAUCUUUGCCAAGAAGAGCAAUCGUGACCGCGCCAUUAAAGAUUUCCGCAAUCUAAAGCGACGCCUGGCUCUGUUUCCUGAAAUCAAACUCGAUCACAUUGUCAAGGAGCGCUAUCCCACCUUCAUCGAUGCUCUGAAGGACCUGGAUGAUUGCUUGACCCUGCUCUUCCUGUUCAGCACCUUUCCCUCGCUGCACUUGAUUCCCAGGGAGCAGUCCAAUCUGUGCCGUCGCCUGACCAUCGAGUUUCUGCACUAUGUGAUCGCCUCCAAGUCGCUGCGCAAGGUCUUCAUCUCCAUCAAGGGCUACUACUUCCAGGCGGAGAUCAAGGGCCAGAAGGUCACCUGGAUUGUACCUCACUACUAUCCCUUUAAGCCACAGUCCCGCCAGGAGGUGGACUUCAAGGUGAUGUCCAUCUUUGUUGAGUUCUACACCAUUAUGCUGGGCUUCACCAACUUCCGGCUGUUCCAUAGCCUGAAUCUGGCAUAUCCCCCUCAGUUCCCAAGCAGCGUGCUUCAGGACAGCGAGGAGUCGCUAAAGGACGAGGCCAGCUUCGUCUCCGACCGCAUUGCGGCGCUAAACUUCGAGCUGCUGCGCACGGAUAAGGUGCAGGAGGACGAGGAGGAGCUGGACAUCGACAUGGAGUUGCUGGAGCAGGACGGCGACUCGAAGCGCAUCAUCAAGAUGAAACAGGAGGCCCAGGAAGUGUCCCGUCUGCGCACCCUCUUCAAGGGCUUGAAAUUCUUUAUCAACCGCGAAGUUCCUCGCGAACCCCUGGUCAUCCUUAUCCGUUCCUUUGGCGGUAAGGUGUCCUGGGAUUCGUCUGUCUUCGCUGGCUCUGCCUACGAUGAAAGUGAUGAGACCAUCACCCACCAGAUCGUAGACAGGCCCAGCCUGGCCACGCAGUACAUCUCGCGUGACUAUGUCCAGCCGCAGUGGCUCUUUGAUUGCGUUAAUCAGCGCCAGCUGCUGCCCACCAACAAGUACUUCCUUGGCGAGAAGCUGCCGCCUCACUUAUCGCCAUUCGUGGACUCCAAGAGGGAUACUUAUAUUCCGCCCGAGGAGAAGGCUCUUCUGGAUCCUUCCCUGAUCGAAACUCAUGCCCAAAGUGACGACGAGUCCGAAGACGAAGCCGAGAAGGAGGAGGAGGAGGCUGUGGAUCAGGAGCUGCUCGAUGCGCAGCUGCAGCUUGCCUACCAACAGGAAACCGCCGAAUACAAGAAGUACGGCGGCCAGGAUGGCGUAAACGAAGACGAGGAGGAUCCCGAGGAUGAUGAUGAAGAAGACGAUGAUGAGGAGGAGGAAGAAGAGGUCGACGAGAAGACCAAGCGCCUGCAGCAGGAAAAGCAGAAGAUGUCCGUGCAAUCGGGCAAGGUACACAAGGUCAACAAGCGUCAGGUGCACAAGGCCGAGGUCGACGAACAUCGUUUGCAGGCGCGCAUGGUGAAGCCCCGCCACCGCAACCUAUUCCGAAAACUCAUCCGCGAGAAGCAGACCAAGGAAAAGGAGGAGUGGCUGCUGCGCAAGAAGCGACGAACCAUCGAGGCCGGCGAGAAAGAGGCCCGGAAGACGGCCAAGCGGGAGGCGCGCAAAGAGGCGGCGGCCGCUGCUGCCAAGGCUUCCAAGCUGGGCAAAUAAGCUGGCAAUCGGCUCGGGGGGUUCUGUGUCUUGAUUUAGGUUUAAACAAUAAACAAUGAAAAUAUAAAAUAAAA